AGAACCUGGACGAGGCAUCCUCAGUGCUGGAUCUCGCCAUGAAUGCUUUGUGCACUUCGGUCACAUGGCACCAGUACAGGAAGUGGCACCGACAGAGGCAGCGCCCCCCUUGGAGUUUCUGCCUGGCCUGAACCCCGUGACCAUGAACACCAGUGAGUUCCGAAGGAGAGGGAAGGAGAUGGUCGACUACAUGGCUGACUACCUGGAAGGCAUCGAGAGGCGCCCGGUCUACCCCGCAGUGGAGCCCGGCUACCUGAGGACACUGAUCCCCAGCAGUGCCCCGGAGGAGCCAGAGGCGUAUGAGGACAUCCUGGGGGACAUUGAGAGGAUAAUCAUGCCGGGGGUGACUCACUGGCACAGCCCCUACUUCUUCGCCUACUUCCCCACGGCCAGCUCCUACCCGGCCCUGCUGGCGGACAUGCUGUGUGGGGCCAUCGGCUGCAUCGGCUUCUCCUGGGCAGCCAGCCCAGCGUGCACGGAGCUGGAGACGGUGAUGAUGGACUGGCUGGGGAAGAUGCUGCAGCUGCCGGAUGCCUUCCUGGCUGGGUCUGCGGGCAUGGGUGGAGGCGUGAUCCAGGGGAGUGCCAGUGAAGCCACGCUGGUGGCCCUAUUGGCUGCUCGGACCAAAGUGACCCGACAGCUGCAGGCCACCUUCCCGGAGCUGACACAGGCCGCCAUCAUGGAGAGGCUGGUGGCCUACUCAUCCGACCAGGCACACUCCUCGGUGGAAAGGGCCGGACUCAUCGGUGGGGUGAAACUAAAAGCCAUCCCUUCAGACGGCAACUUCGCCAUGCGAGCUUCCGCCCUGCAGGAGGCCUUGGAGCGAGACAAGGCAAGCGGCCUGAUUCCCUUCUUCGUGGUGGCCACGCUGGGGACGACAAACUGCUGCUCCUUCGACAACCUCCUAGAAGUGGGUCCUCUCUGCAACAAGGAGCGCGUGUGGCUGCACAUCGACGCGGCGUACGCAGGCAGCGCCUUCAUCUGCCCGGAGUUCCGGCACCUCCUGGAUGGGGUGGAGUUUGCAGACUCAUUUAACUUCAACCCCCACAAAUGGCUGUUGGUGAAUUUCGACUGCUCCGCCAUGUGGGUAAAACAGAGGACAGACCUAAUAGGAGCCUUUAAACUGGACCCUGUUUACCUGAUGCAUGGCCAUCAGGAUUCAGGACUUAUCACUGACUACAGGCACUGGCAAAUCCCCCUGGGCCGGAGAUUCCGAUCUUUGAAAAUGUGGUUUGUCUUCAGAACUUACGGAGUCAAAGGGCUGCAGGCGUACAUUCGAAAGCACGUGCAGCUGGCUCGCGAGUUCGAGUCCUUGGUGCGCCAGGACCCCCGCUUUGAGAUCUGCAUGGAGGUCAUUCUGGGGCUGGUCUGCUUCCGGCUCAAGGGUUCCAACCAGUUGAAUGAGACGCUCCUGAAAAGAAUAAAUGGCGCCAGGAAAAUCCACCUGGUCCCGUGUCACCUGCGGGACAAGUUCGUGCUGCGCUUUGCCAUCUGCUCCCGAGAGGUGGAAUCUGCCCACGUGCAGCAGGCCUGGGAACACAUCCGGGAGCUGGCGGAGGACAUACUGAAGCCAGAGAGGGCCUGAGAGCCGAGCCGUGCAGAGACUGAAAGUUGAAAGUUUAUCUGAAAACUGGAAUGAGUCCCGGCUCCAUGGAACUCAGCCUGUUUGUGGCCUUCUGUGUCCAUCUCCAGAGCUAACCAGACUUGGGACUAUCUUUUUCUGUGUCUAAUCAAUGAAGAAAUAUUUACUAUAUGUAGUUAAUCCAAGUGUCUUAGCUUUUAUUCAUUAUUUGGCUGUGAUAUUUGUUGAUUAAGAAUCACAGGUUUUCAUGCUCACAAAGCCACCAGCUGGAGCGGAAAAGGCUUACUGAAGUAUACUCUAGGGCCAUCUGUGAUCAUGACUUGAUAUUAUGCCUGUGGUCUUUAAACUGUCCUAUCACAUGGCUUUAUGCUUAAUAAACAAUUGAAGUGCCGUGC